GAGAGUCUUUUCAACACCGAAACCUACAUGACCUAGAGCAUUUCUAUUCAUUACUGCAAUUUAACUUUCAUAAGAACAUGGGAAUUUGGGAAUAUACUCUUUAUUUUACCACCACAACCUGCCUAUGGAGUGUGUCACUUCAGGGAGAGCAUCAGAGAAGACUCUACAGAGACUUGAUGAAAGACUAUAACCCACUGGAGAGACCUGUGUUUAAUGACACACACUCGCUCACUGUGUAUUUCAGCUUCAGUCUCAUGCAGAUUAUGGAUGUGGAUGAGAAGAAUCAAGUACUUACAACCAACAUUUGGUUACAGCUGUAUUGGUAUGACUACUAUCUUCAGUGGAACGCUUCUGAAUAUCCUGGAGUGACGAAUGUACGAUUCCCUGACAGUCAGAUCUGGAAACCUGACAUCUUACUGUAUAACAGUGCAGAUGAAAGGUUUGACGCCACAUUUCAUACUAAUGUGCUGGUGAAUUCCUCUGGUGCCUGCCAAUACCUACCGCCAGGGAUAUUCAAAAGCACCUGCUACAUCGAUGUUCGCUGGUUCCCCUUUGAUCUUCAGAGGUGUGAUUUGAAGUUUGGCUCCUGGACGUAUGGGGGAUGGUCUCUGGACCUGCAGAUGAUUGAUGCUGACAUCACAGGAUAUAUCGCUAAUGGAGAGUGGGACCUUGUGGAGGUUCCAGGUCGAAGGAAUGAGAGAUUCUAUGACUGCUGCAAGGAGCCGUACCCAGAUGUGACUUUCACGGUGGUGAUGCGGAGACGGACGCUAUACUACGGUCUAAAUCUGCUUAUCCCCUGUGUGCUCAUCUCUACUCUGGCUCUGCUGGUCUUCCUGCUGCCUGCUGACUCAGGCGAGAAGAUCUCUCUUGGGAUCACAGUCCUGCUCUCACUGACAGUUUUCAUGCUUCUGGUAGCUGAGAUAAUGCCGGCAACAUCAGACUCUGUGCCUUUAAUAGCUCAGUAUUUCGCCACCACCAUGGUUAUUGUUGGUCUGUCUGUGAUAGCCACAGUCUGGGUAUUACAAUACCAUUACCAUGAUCCAGAAGGAGGAAAAAUGCCAAAAUGGACCCGUGUGGUGCUGUUGAACUGGUGUGCGUGGUUCUUGCGGAUGAAGAGGCCUGGUGAGGACAGAGUUCGCUCAGCUUGUCACAACAAGCAGCCGCGCAGUAGCCUCACCAGCGUGGAUCUGAACAUCAGUACUGGAGCCACACAGUCCACAAAUGGGAACCUGCUGUACAUCGGUUUCCGUGGAAUGGACGCUAUUCACUAUGCCACUUCACCCGAUUCAGGGGUGAUCUGCAGCCGGCUCGUCGCCACAGGUGAGGAUGAUGUGCUGCUCCCUGGGGCUCAGGCGUCUUCUGUUAGUAGCGGCCCUGGAGAAAGUGAACUGUCCAAAAUUUUGGAUGAGGUUCGGUACAUUGCCAAACGCUUCCGGGACCAAGACGAGGAGGAGACUUUGUGUAAUGAGUGGAAGUUUGCAGCAUCUGUCAUUGACCGUCUUUGUCUCAUGGCCUUUUCUCUGUUCACCAUCCUCUGCACCAUUGGUAUCUUAAUGUCUGCUCCGAAUUUUGUAGAAGCCAUUUCCAAAGAUUUCUUCACUUGAGGCCUUUGUAUACCCCUAUUGUAGUUAUUUUUACUUCUCAGAGCCUCUCAAGUGUAACAAUACAUUUCUUUUACACAGUAGAUUAACUAAAAAUUGACUUGAAGGAAUAGUCCAUUUAAAAAGAAAAAAAUCACUUUGAUUGUUUGGAAAAGAGCAGCGUGAACAUUCUGCUAAGGCUCUUCAGUAUUUCAUACAAGAAGAAAUUAUACAGGUUUGAAAUGGCAUGAGGGUGAGUAAAUGAAUCAUGAAAUUGGGCAAGUUACUUCUAAAAUGUAAUACAUUAUAUGUUACUAGUUACUGUCUUUUGAAAGUAAUUAGUUACAUUACAAUCUUACUGUCUCUGAAUUGUAAUGCGUUACUUUCACUGAAAUAUUUACAGCAUUUUAAAAUGCUAAAUUGUAGUUUAUUGCUGCUCAUUAUACAUAAAGUGAAGGGCAAUGUAUUAUAGCAAAGUGACUGUGAAGGCCUCCAAGCCUGCUAACAGCAUAAUGUAAUAUACAGAGUAAAGGCUCAUGGCGGAAUACGUUCCUUCAUGACUGGUCUCAACAUAUCUGUUUUUGAGUGUUUUUGUAUUAGUGGCUGCGUAAACUAUUGUAUCAAACUGUGCAUCUGAGACAGGACUGUAGCCUUAAAUGAACUUUAUAAAAGUUUAUAAUUUAUUAUUUGUUUGUUUUUCACAAAUUUAAGCAUUUGCCGCACACACACACACACACACACACACACACACACACACAAUGAAUUUCUCUAGUGUUGUAUCUGCCAUCAUGCUUCAUCUAUGGUUAUCACUGCUGUUGUACGUCUUUGUGCUCAUGUCUUUUUUCCAGUAUUGUAACUGCUGGAGAAUAAGUCACUGUACGUGAUGAUAUGAAGGUGGAGAUUUCUAACCACUUUUUUUCUUUCAAAAUAUUGUACAGUAUAAUGACAAAUAAACAUAUUUUUGUAGGUCGACCCUGAUUUUCAGACUUUUUAAAUGUCUUUAAACCAGCAAAAAUCACUACAGUAACCACUCAGAUAGCGUUAGGAAAACAAUGCUUUAAGUAU